GUCACUGAAGUGAGGGAGAUGAUGGACGGGGCAGCUAAGAAGAUUUCUUUGGGUGAAGUCUUGGAGACUCUCAGGGUAUUGUACGGUGUAGCUAAAGAUCCUGAGGAAAAGAAACUUUUUGACUGGCAUCUUGCUAACUUGGAAUAUGCUAACGCUGGGUGUCUUUCGAAUCUUUCAGCUGCUUAUUGGGAUCAGGAUGAUCCAUAUGAAAUGGGUGGGGAUCAUUGUUUUCUUGCUGGUGGAAACUGGAGACUGAUAAAUGCAUUAGCUGAAGGGUUACCCAUAAUGUACGGGAAAAGCGUUGAUACUAUCAAGUAUGGAGAUGGAGGCGUUGAAGUCAUUUCUGGCAGCCAGAUAUUUCAAGCUGACAUGAUUCUU